AAUCUUUUUAUAACACGACCAGUUGUAAUAUUUGUACAACAACAAAUUACAAAUUUAUAAGCUAUCAAAAGGGUUCAAAACCCACUUUUCACAACUAAUCAAAUCUUCUCCAUCUUCUCUGCUCACAGAUUUCUUCUCCCCUCUUUAUCCAUUCUUUCAGUCCAAAGGGCUCUGGUUGCUAAUUUUUGUCUGGGCUGAAAGAUAUUGAAGGCAGAGCUGAUUGCUUCUUAUCUUGAGCAACAUUCAUUUUGGAUAAAUAUACUUUGUGUGCAUAACAUUCUCAGUGACACUAAUCAACACAAUUCAUUCGAAGAGAUUUCUAAUUACUUGAAGGUAGAACUUGAGGUACUUGAUGAACUAACAUUUCUCAUUAUGGGUUGGCUUAGCAAGAUUUUUAAAGGCUCGAGUCAUAAUGUCUCAGAAGGCCAAUAUGAUUGGAGAUAUAGUGCAAACUCUAAUGAGAAUUACCCAUCUACAUCACAGGAUGCAUGGUCAGACACAGAAGAUAUCGAUCGUGCAAUUGCUAUAUCCUUGUCCGAAGAAAAUAAGAAAGGAAAACAUGUAAUUGUAGCUGAUGAAUCCCAACUGGAAGAAGAUGAGCAACUUGCUAGAGCUCUACAAGAAAGCUUAAAUUUUGAUUCUCUACCUGAGAAUGGAAACAGAAAUGGUAAUGUGGGCGGAAAAGGAAGAAGAAAGGAACAUGUUAGCGGAAACGGGACAGGAAAUGGAUAUGUGAGCGGAAACGGGACAGGAAAUGGACAUGCAAGUGGAUAUGGGAAUGGGAUAGGAAACGGACAUGUAAGCGGAAAUGCAAUGGGAUAUGGAAAUGGUUCUGGAAUGGGAUUGGGCAGUGGAAAUUUUUAUCAGCCUAUACCUUUUCCUUAUUCUACUGGCUUCAGGAUAUGUGCUGGUUGCAAUGUUGAGAUUGGCCAUGGGCGAUUUUUAAGUUGCAUGGGUUCAAUUUGGCACCCAGAAUGUUUCCGAUGCCAUGCUUGCCACCAACCAAUAGCUGAUUAUGAGUUUUCUAUGUCUGGGAAUUAUCCUUAUCACAAGUUUUGCUACAAAGAACAUUAUCACCCAAAAUGUGAUGUUUGCAAUCACUUUAUUCCAACGAACGCAGCUGGUCUAAUUGAAUAUAGAGCGCAUCCUUUUUGGGCCCAAAAAUACUGUCCUAAACACGAGCAUGAUAGAACUUCGCGGUGCUGUAGCUGUGAGCGAAUGGAGCCACAAGACACCAAAUAUGUUGCCCUUGAUGAUGGCCGCAGCCUUUGCCUAGAGUGUCUGGAUUCUGCAAUUAUGGACACUGACCAGUGUCAACCUUUAUAUCUUGAUAUACGAGAAUUUUAUGAAAGUUUAAAUAUGAAGGUGGAACAGCAAGUGCCACUACUCUUGGUUGAGAGACAAGCUCUUAAUGAAGCCAUGGAUGGGGAGAAGAGUGGUCAUCAUCACAUGCCCGAGACCAGAGGACUUUGCCUUUCUGAAGAACAAACCAUCAGCACUGUUUUAAGGCGACCUAGAAUAGGAGCAGGAAAUCGAGCCAUGGACAUGAGAACAGAGCCAUAUAAGCUGACACGUCGCUGUGAGGUGACAGCAAUUCUGAUCUUAUAUGGCCUUCCCAGAUUGCUGACUGGAUCUAUUCUAGCUCAUGAGAUGAUGCAUGCUUGGAUGCGACUUAGUGGUUAUCGGACCCUGAGCCCGGAUGUUGAAGAAGGUAUCUGUCAGGUGCUAGCUCACAUGUGGUUAGAAUCGCAGAGAGCUUCUGCUGAACAAUCAAACCAGAGGACUAGUUCUCCAUUUGAUAAAAAGCUCGGUGAGUUUUUCAAACACCAGAUUGAAUCCGAUACGUCACCGGUUUAUGGAAAUGGCUUUAGAGCCGGGAAUCAGGCAGUGCUUAAAUAUGGUCUUCAAAGGACCCUGGACCACAUUCGGUUCACAGGGACCUUUCCAUAUUGAAAUUUUGGGUCAGCCUUUUGAUAGUUGUGUAUCAUUUGGUUUCAUCUUAGGAUUUUAAGAUGGCCUAAAGAAAAUAUACUGUUGAUAGGAGAAGAGACAUACAUAUAUAUUCCUUGUAAAUUUAUUCUUUUUGUGUACUGCUGAUUACGUAAUAAAAUUAUUCUUGUUUUAAAAAAA